AUGGUGGCAGGCCCCCUCCGGGCAGCAGCAAGGACUGCCUCGAGAGUCACACCCAACUCUGCAGCCGGCUCGAGGUCGGCGGCUAGCCAAGUUAGAACUGUUGUCGGUGCAGCCACGACCGUGACUGCUCCAGAAGCUGCAGUCCCGCCGAUAUCAUCGCCCAGUCUCCCAAGCAAACCGCUGGCGACGCCGGAGGCAGCAUCCACCUGGCAGGAGGUUCGCGAUGGCGACACCACGCGGCGGGAGGCGUCGAGAAUCCUCCGGGAGGCUGUUGCCGCCACUGCACCGCGGAACGACUGGUCCAAGCAGGAGGUCGCGGCCAUCUACUACCACCCUCUACUAGACCUGGCCUUCCAGUCUGCCACUAUCCACCGCCGCUUCCACAACCCAGCCGAGGUCCAGCUCUGCACCCUCAUGAACAUCAAGACGGGCGGCUGCACCGAGGACUGCAGCUACUGCGCGCAGUCCACGCGGUACCAGUCCGGCACGGGUCUCGAGGCCAAGAAGGUCGAGUCCGUCGAGUCGGUGCUCGCCGCGGCGCGGGUCGCGCGCGACAGGGGCAGCACGCGGUUCUGCAUGGGCGCCGCGUGGCGGGACAUGCGCGGCCGCAAGAACGCGCUCAGGAACAUCAAGGCCAUGGUCGAGGGCGUGCGGGCGCUCGGGAUGGAGUCGUGCGUGACGCUGGGCAUGAUCGACGGCGAGCAGGCCCGGGAGCUGAAGGACGCGGGUUUGACGGCGUAUAACCACAACCUCGACACGAGCCGCGAGUUCUACCCGUCCAUCAUCUCGACGCGGGGCUACGACGAGCGGCUCCGGACUCUGGGCCACGUGCGCGACGCCGGGAUCAACGUCUGCUCCGGGGGCAUCCUUGGGCUCGGGGAGACCGCGGCGGACCGGAUCGGCCUGCUGCAUACGGCGGCGACGCUGCCGGCGCACCCGGAGAGCUUCCCCGUCAACGCGCUGGUGCCGAUAAAGGGCACACCGCUCGGGGACCGGCCGCCGCUGGACUUCACGACGAUGCUGCGGACGAUCGCGGCCGCGCGGGUCGUCAUGCCCACGACCAUCAUCCGCAUCGCGGCCGGGCGCAAGACGAUGACGGAGGAGCAGCAGGCGCUGUGCUUCAUGGCCGGGGCGAACGCUAUCUUUACGGGCGAGAAGAUGCUGACGACGGACUGCAAUGGCUGGGAUGAGGACAGUGUCUUGUUUGGACGAUGGGGGCUGGAGCCGAUGAGGAGUUUCCAGAAGUCGCUCGUGCCUGGGGCUCAGUAG